AUAAAUUUUUAUUAAAAAAAAUUAAAAUACCUUUCCAAAUACUUCUGUUGUCUUUCUAAACCCACAAUCCUCAGAUCACUCACCCUCUUUAGUGACUGUGGAUGCAUUGAUGAACGAGAAACCAAGGCCAUUUAGAUUUUGCAAUGCUUGGUCUAAGGAUGAAAACUUCCUUGAUUUGGUUAGGGAAGCUUGGAGUGUGGAUGUUCAGGGCUGCCCUAUGUUUGUUGUAGUGCAAAAAUUGAAAUUGGUAAAACAGAAGAUGAAGCAGCUGCAUAAAAAUAGAUAUGGAAACUUGAAGGGAAGAAUAAAAGAUAUGGCAGCAGAGCUACAAAAUGUUCAAGCUUCCAUGCAGAAUGCUUUAUUUGAUGAGACUCUGGCUGCAAAGGAAAAGGAACUUCAACGUGAAUUAACAAAGCUUGAGAGAGCAAACCUGUCCGUAAUUGCCCAGCGAGCUAAAGUAAUUUGGCUAAAGGAGAUGGACUCUAAUUCUGCUUAUUUUCAUGCGAAAGUAAAGGAAAGACAGCAUAGAAGUGCUAUUAACUCCAUCCUGAACAGUGAAGGAGUUAGAGUGACUCAGCCUGAACUUAUAGAACAAGAGUUUUUAAUGUUUUAUCAAAACUUGUUUGGAAAGGCAAAAGAAGGUGUUCAAGCAGUUGAUAUGAAUGUUAUCCGCAGGGGCAGAGUGUUAACUACUAAAGAGUCAGAAGAGUUAUGCAGGCCAUUUACUGCUAAGGAAGUGGAGACUGCCCUAUUUUCAAUUCCUUCAAACAAAUCACCAGGGCCUGAUGGAUUCACUUCAGGGUUCUAUAGAGCAGCCUGGUCAAUAAUUAAAAAUGAUGUCACGGCCGCUGUGUUGGAUUUCUUUGACAGUGGGAAAAUCCUCAAGCAAAUUAAUGCCACCAAUAUCACUAUUGUUCCGAAGGUGAGUUGCCCAAAUGUUGUCAGUGAUUAUAGGCCAAUAGCUUGUUGUAAUGUCAUCUACAAGGUGAUAUCAAAACUCUUAACCCAGAGGAUUAAUGAAGUGCUGAGCAUGCUGAGAUUCGUUCACGGUCCGUCAAAGGUGAAAAACAAUAAGAAGCGCGAGGCAAUUCUCGCACUCCUGCUUUCUUCCUCUUUUUCUUCCCAAUUUUCUCUCCAUCCAAACACACAUCUUUUUCUUCCUUUCCUCCUAGCUGUCAGAAUGUUCUUCACCGGUGAUCCGACGACCCGCAAGAGAGUAGAUUUGGGAGGCAGGAGCUCCAAGGAGAGGGAUAGACAGAAGCUUCUAGAACAGACGCGCUUGGAGCGUAAUCGCCGCCUCUGGUUUCGCCAGCAGAACUCUGCUGCUAUUAGAAUUCAGAAAUGCUUCAGAGGAAGAAUGGAAGUGGAAGCGGCACGAUUUAGAGUGCGAGAGGAGUUCCAUGGAACCUAUGGGAAACACUGCCAAAAUGUGGACUGGCAUUGUUUUGGCCCAGACUCAGAGUUCCUCAGGCAAUUGUGUUUCUUUUUCAAUGCAAAAAAUGCUGAUGACUUUUCAGUCCUUGUUGAGACAUGCCGAUUGCUUCUGUAUUUUGUUCAAGAUAGUGGGGAUGUUGUGAGCCUCUUUGCUGGCAUUGACUAUUCAUUGAAUCACACUUUAGUUGAAUAUAGAGUGAAACAGUUGGCAUUUGCUUGUUUGCAGGCUAUAUAUUGGAACAGAAAUAAGUUGAAGGAUCAACUAUUUGUGACUCCUGAAGAGUCUAGCUUAUCAACAACUAUCUUGCUUCAAGCAGUUCUAUUGUUGAUAGAUCCUAAACUUCCAUGGGCUUGUAAGGUUGUUGGUUAUCUUGUUCAAAGACAUGUAUUCACUCUGUUCAGAGAAAUUGUUCUUACAGUUAAGGAAAGUACUCUGGCUCAUGGUUCUCAGGGGAAAAUGUCUUUAUUGGAACAUGUUCUUAUACUUAUAGUAUCUCAUGUUGGCGAAAAGCCAUGUUUCUGCCCAAAUAUUGAUCCACGAUGGAGUUUCUCAUCCCAGAUUCUCACAGUGCCUUUCUUAUGGCAGCUUUUCCCACGCUUGAAAGAGGUCUUCUCAUCUCGGAGCCUGAGUCAGCACUAUAUUAAUCAGAUGGCAUUAUGUGUGCAAAAUCAUGCUAAUGUGCUGCCAAGUGAUUUAGUGCCUGUGUUUCCUGGUUAUGCCUGUCUUCUUGGUAAUAUUUUAGAGACAGCAGCUCUUGCUUUAUCUCAGCCUGAUUGCUCAUUUGAAAUGGGUGUGGACCUUGCAGCUGUGGCAACAUUCUUGUUGGAGGCUCUUCCUCCUAUAAAAUCCUGGAGCAAAGGAGAAGGAGAAAGCAGAGAGAGUUCCACAUUGGAUGAGGAUGAUAUCGUUCCUGGUGAUGAAGUAGCAACAGUAGUUCUGGAUAGCAAUUUGAAAGAGCAGAUAAUCAAUGCCAUAGAUUCACGCUUUCUUCUGCAAUUGACUAAUGUGUUAUUUGGAGGGAUUUCUGUUGUCCACAGUUCAGAAAAUGAUGGACUGGAUGAUAAAGAGUUGGCAGCUGUUGGUGCUGCUUGUGCUUUUCUUCAUGUCACUUUCUACACUUUACCCCUUGAGCGAAUCAUGACUAUACUAGCUUAUAGAACUGAACUUGUUCCGGUGCUUUGGAAUUUUAUGAAGCGGUGUCAUCAGAACCAAAAGUGGUUGUCCUUGCCUGCACAGUUUUCAUAUUUGUUUGGAGAUGCACCUGGAUGGCUAUUGCCUCUGGCUGUUUUCUGCCCUGUAUACAAGCACAUGCUUACGAUAGUUGAUAAUGAAGAGUUCUAUGAGCUGGAGAAGCCACUAUUACUAGAUGAUGUUAAAUGUCUAAUUGUGAUUCUGAGACAGGCUUUGUGGCAGCUUCUAUGGGUAAAUCCUACAUCUCAACCUAAUUCAGCUAAAUCUGCAUCCAAUACAUCUUUACAUAAGACACAACCUGUUGGAGUUAUUCAAAAUAGGGUUAGCACUGUAGCUUCCGAGCUCCUCACACAGUUGCAAGAUUGGAACAACAGACGCCAGUUUAUUUCCCCUACUAAUUUCCAUGCCGAUGGGGUUAAUGACUACUUUAUUUCUCAGGCUGCCAUAGAAGGCACAAGAGCACAUGACAUAUUGAAGCAAGCACCUUUCUUAAUUCCAUUCACUAGUAGAGUCAAAAUCUUCACUUCACAACUAGCAGCAGUUAGGAAACGGCAUGGUGCACAUGGUGUUUUUACCAGAAACCGGUUUAGAAUUCGCCGGGAUCAUAUUUUAGAAGAUGCCUAUAGUCAGAUGAGUGCAUUGUCUGAGGAGGAUCUACGAGGAUUGAUUCGAGUAAGUUUUGUCAACGAGUUUGGAGUUGAGGAGGCUGGUAUUGAUGGUGGUGGAAUUUUCAAAGAUUUUAUGGAGAAUAUCACUCGGGCAGCAUUUGACGUGCAGUAUGGGUUGUUUAAGGAGACAUCUGAUCACCUUCUCUAUCCAAAUCCUGGAUCUGGAAUGAUUCAUGAACAACAUCUCCACUUUUUCCAUUUCUUAGGAACUCUUCUUGCAAAGGCCAUGUUCGAAGGGAUUCUUGUUGAUAUACCAUUUGCUACAUUCUUCUUGAGUAAAUUGAAACAAAAAUACAACUAUUUGAACGACUUGCCUUCCUUGGAUCCAGAGUUAUAUCGCCACCUUAUCUUUUUGAAGCAUUAUAAAGGGGACAUAUCUGACUUGGAGCUCUACUUUGUAAUUGUGAAUAAUGAGUAUGGAGAGCAAACAGAAGAGGAGCUGCUUCCAGGAGGGAGAAACCUACGUGUUACUAAUGAUAAUGUUAUUACAUUUAUUCAUCUUGUAUCUAACCACCGUUUGAAUUUUCAGAUACGACAACAGAGUUCUUAUUUCCUCAGGGGAUUUCAGCAGCUCAUGCAGAAAGAUUGGAUUGUUAUGUUUAAUGAGCAUGAAUUGCAGCUUCUGAUAUCAGGUUCACUUGAAAGCUUGGAUGUUGAUGACCUUCGAGUGAACACCAAUUAUGGGGGUGGCUAUCAUAGUGAGCACUAUGUCAUUGAUAUGUUUUGGGAAGUCCUUAAAAGCUUUUCCCUGGAAAAUAAGAAGAAAUUUUUGAAGUUUGUGACUGGGUGCUCUCGAGGUCCGCUGCUUGGGUUCAAAUAUCUUGAACCUUUAUUUUGCAUACAAAGGGCUGCUGGCACUCCAACUGAAGAAGCUUUGGAUCGAUUACCCACAUCAGCUACUUGUAUGAACUUGCUGAAGCUCCCACCGUAUAGAAGCAAAGAGCAACUGGAAACAAAACUGCUGUAUGCUAUAAAUGCAGAUGCUGGUUUUGAUUUGAGCUGAUGGACCUGGUUUAUUCAACUAAUAUGAAUUGUUGUAGUCCGUUGCUAAAAUUGAGAACCACGCUACUCACGGACACUAUUACAGUUGAUGUCAAUUCUGUACGCACCUCCAAUUCGCAAGGGGAAGGAACAUAAGGGUUGCAUUGGAGACUAGAGCCCAACUAAUCCAGACCAGGGGCAUGGUAGAGCAGUGUACAGAUAUAAAUGUUCGCAACAUACGCAUGAAGUUCACAUGUAAAUAUUGUGGAUAUAUGCGGUGUUUAUCUACUUUGUGAAUCUUUUACGCGCAGGAAUCUGCUUUGUUUAUCGAUUGAUGCAAUUUACCCAUGCAGAGCCUCUCAAAAGUGGGUAUUUCAUCAAAGGUGUUCUUUUUGUGUAGACUUCGUCCAACUCACAAGAACCUAUUCCUGUAUUGUAUAACCUCGAGCAAAUUGACAAGAACAGAAUAAGGUUUCUAUUCAUACCAUCUACUUUUUGGUUUUAAUUUAUAAUUACGCACCGCAUCAAAGAAUAAUAACUUCACUACGUUUGUUGACUUUAGUUUUUUUUUUUUUUUCUUUUUUUGGUCGGAAGUGGAUAAUGCCCGUUUGAUGUAGCCCAAAAAUGUAUUUUGCAAAUUGCAAAACAUAGACUAGCGGAUGAUAAGGAGUUCUUUGGUGAUGAAGGUGAGGCAAUGGUGAAGGUUCGGAUGAACACAGCCGAUAUAUAGAAUAUUUAAUUAAAAUUCUUUGAAAAUUAUGCUUUUACCCAUUGUUUUUUAAAUCUUCUCAGGUUGAUCAUCUAGUAAUAAGGUUAUUUAUAUGAGUUUACACUCUCAGAUUUGAGAUGUCAUCCGCAAUAUGUGUGACUUUAUACAGGAUAAACAAGAGAAUGUCAG